GAAAGGUGGGCCACCAGCGGUGCUCACCAUAACAACCUGGCAGGAGCACACGGCUCCUGUGGCUCCUCCUCGCUCUUUUGACUCUCCCGCCGCUGUCUCCUCUGGCUCCUCACUCUCCUAGUCUCCUUAAUAGAGCGGCUGCUCAUUCUACGUCUUGUGUUGAGCCUAACGGUGCGCCUCCUCCUGCACCCUAGUGUCUCCUGCUGCUCACUCUGUCUCGUCUGCUGCUCAACAUCACCUCAAGAUGGGUAUCCUUGAGAGGAUCGGGGAGAUCGAGAAGGAGAUAGCCCGGACUCAGAAAAAUAAAGCCACUGAAUACCACUUAGGUGUGCUGAAGGCUAAACUUGCCAAGUAUCGCACACAGCUCCUUGAACCACAGGGCAAGAAAGGGGAGAAAGGUGAGGGUUUUGAUGUUAUGAAAAGUGGAGAUGCCAGAGUGGCACUUAUUGGCUUCCCAUCUGUUGGCAAGUCCACUCUGCUGAGCACAUUGACCAACACUCAAAGUGUAGCGGCAUCGUAUGAAUUCACAACACUGACCUGCAUCCCAGGUGUUAUUGAAUAUAAAGGUGCCAACAUCCAGUUAUUAGAUUUGCCUGGUAUCAUUGAAGGCGCCUCUCAAGGAAAAGGUAGAGGUAGGCAGGUUAUUGCUGUGGCCCGAACUGCAGAUUUAGUGAUAAUGAUGGUGGAUGUUACUAAAGGGGAGGUACAGAAGGAGCUUCUUACUGCAGAACUGGAAGCUGUUGGUAUCAGACUUAAUAAGAAGAAACCUGGUAUUUACUUUAAGCAAAAGAAAGUUGGUGGCAUAAAAUUUAAUGCAACGUGCACACUCACAAAGAUUGAUGAGAAAAUGGUGCAGAUGAUUCUACAUGAAUACAAGAUCUUCAAUGCUGAGGUGAUCUUCAGAGAAGACUGUGCUGCAGAUGAAUUGAUAGAUAUUAUUUCUGGUAAUCGUGUGUACAUGCCUUGCCUCUAUGUGUACAACAAAAUUGAUCAGGUGUCCAUUGAGGAAGUCGACAGAAUUGCUCACCAAGACCAUUGUGUUGUUGUCAGUUGUAAUAUGAAACUAAACUUGGAUUACCUUCUGGAUCGGGUAUGGCAGGAGCUCUCUCUACUUCGUAUAUACACUAAGAAACCUGGUAGAGCUCCAGAUUUUUCUGACCCGAUCAUUCUUCGUGGCGGAGCUUCAGUAGAGCACGUCUGUCACUCAAUUCAUCGAUCUAUUGUGGCUGUCUUCAAAUAUGCAUUAGUUUGGGGUAAGAGUACAAAAUUCAAUCCCCAACGAGUUGGUAUUCAUCAUAUCAUGAGUGAUGAAGAUGUCAUUCAAAUUGUUUCCAAAAAGUAAAUUAUUAUAUUGUUAUUUCCAAGUAUUGUUAAGUUACUUCUACAGUAUAUAUCAUGCACUUGGCUGCGCUAUAUAGAAACAUCAGAAAAAAUAUGGAGUCAUUGCAUUUGCACACUCAAUUGUCAUGUCAACCACUUUUUUUUUUCUUCUAACAAAACGACUUGAUUCAAUUUUGAAUUCUACGACGUUACAUUGAAAGUUUAGAAGACAUUUAUGGUAUUUGAAGGAAAUUAGUGAUUAAGCAGUGAACAUUGCAGUUAUCAGGUCUCUGCUGCCAAUGAUACAGUUGUGCCAUUAAACAAAAGGCACUGAUUAUUUAAACUGUUGACAGUUGUGAUGAAUUUUGUAUUCAUAUUAAAUUAUUAAUUGAGAAGAGUUGAAGUUUUUAUAUUUUGGUAAAAUUUAAGGAACUAAUUUUUUCAUAACUUUUUGCUUGUUUUUACUACUCAUCUUCCAUCAAGUCGUCUUGUUUUCAAUAAGCCAUUGAGGGAUGAAAUUAAAUUAAGUCUUUUAACGGGGAUAUUUGAGUAUUUUAAACUUCAAGUACUCACUGCAAAGAUAAAAAAAAACAUAGCUAUUUUGAGGAGGGGGGGGGGGAAACAAUUUGUGAUGUAUUCAAGAAAUUUUCUGAAGAUCUAAGGGCUGGAAAAUUUUGAUAAGAGCAACAGAAUUUGAGCUUCGUCAUGUGCUGGUGUGAAUCCUUUUUUAUAGCAUUAACGGACCUUAAUAAAGAAUUUUUACUUGA